GAACUCUCCAUCACGCUCGCUCACUCGCUCGCUCUCCGCGCCGCCGAUCCGCCCGCCCAAAGAGACCCGACUCGCUUGUACGACGGGGAAGUGAAUGGCUGUGUAGCCGCCGCUGCUCUUCACAGAACUGGCUGGGACGAAAACAACCACGACUACGAACACGACUACGACCACGACCACGACGGGGAGUGAACGCGGCUGCGGCAGUCGUGAUAUCGCGUGGUAUAGUGGUGGUAUGAAGAUCCAUCAUGGCCGAGCAGCACAAUCCGCAGUUGCAAGCGCAGUUGCGCCAGCUCGAUAAUGAGUUGGAAGAAGGGGACAUUACGCAAAAGGGCUACGAAAAGCGGCGGACCAUGAUUCUCAGCCAAUAUCUCUCGCCCGCGCAGAUGCAGGGCAUGUCCAGCGAUCGCACGAUGAGCAUGGCAUCAGGCUACGGAGAUGGUGCGACGCACAACAGGCAGACGAGUUAUGGGAGCAUACAGCCUUCCAUCUAUACCCAGGACUAUAGUACCUACGGCCAGGAUAAUAUGGCGUCUGGCCCGGUGCAGCGAUUCCAGGAACAGCAGCUUGGUAUGCCUCCCCGCUCGGGGCAACGGCAGCCUUCUGGUGGCCAUGGAGGCAGUCUUGGGCUCGCACCUGGCAGUCGUCCCGAGAGUACUGGAAGUCGGUACAGUAUGGGGUCGACCUCGGGAACCAUGGUCAACUCGGAUUAUGCCUUCAAUCCAAAUGACUCCAACAACAACGCACAGCAGCAGCAGCCGUGGUCGCCGGACUCUGGCAGCCGCCUGAGCACCAUGUUGGACUCGCAGCAAGGCUACUUUAGUGAUUUCAACAGCAACCAGAUGCAGAACGAUGACCAGAGGAUGAGCUAUGGCGGGCCACAGCGUUAUAGCAUGGGCGAAGCAUUCUCCCCUACAGCACUGAUACCGCCACCCUUGAUGGGUGACGAAUUGCCAACAGCGCACAUUCACCAGCUGCCACUCGAGCCAAGAGAUGUACCUUUCGCCGUUUAUGACCCCCAUAAUAGUAGUAUUCCAAUGUCCAAGUGGGAUAAUCUUGGAGUAGUGUUGAGACAUAGAGGGAAGAUGCAGGCACGGCAACCCGCAUACUGGGUGCUGGAUUCGAAAGGCAAGGAAACAGCAUCUAUCACGUGGGACAAAGUUGCUUCGAGGGCAGAGAAGGUUGCACAAGUCAUAAGAGACAAGUCCAACCUGUAUCGGGGGGACAGAGUGGCCUUGGUCUAUCGAGACACGGAAGUGAUUGAGUUUGCGAUUGCAUUACUGGGCUGCUUCAUCGCAGGUGUUGUUGCGGUACCGAUCAACAACGUCAACGACUAUCAGAAGCUGUCACUGCUACUGACCACAACGCAAGCGCAUCUUGCACUGACGACAGAUAACAAUUUGAAAGCUUUUGCUAGAGACAUCUCAAAUCAAAGAUUGAAAUGGCCCACUGGCGUGGAGUGGUGGAAGACCAAUGAGUUUGGCUCCUAUCACCCGAAGAAGAAAGAUGGAGAUACGCCUCUGCAAGUGCCGGACUUGGCCUACAUCGAGUUCUCGAGAGCGCCUACUGGAGAUCUGCGUGGUGUGGUGCUCUCGCACCGCACCAUCAUGCAUCAAAUGGCUUGCCUAUCUGCGAUCCUGUCGACAAUACCUGCCACGCAAAACACUGAUACAUUUUCGUCCCAUCUCAAAGCGUCAGAUGGCACGUUUGUUGUGCCCCGUUCCGGAAAGCACGAGACGAUCAUGUCGUAUCUCGAUCCGCGAGAAAGCUGUGGGUUGAUUCUGGGGGUGCUGCUAGGCGUCUACGGUGGACACACGACGGUCUGGUUCGAAAGCAAGACUGUCGAUACACCUGGACUGUAUGCGCAUCUCAUCUCGAAAUACCGCGCGACUGUCAUGGUAGCCGACUACCCAGGAUUGAAACGUGCGGCCUAUAAUUAUCAGCAAGAUCCAAUGGCGACGCGGAAUUUCAAGAAGAACAUGGAGCCCAAUUUCGCGAGCGUCAAGAUUUGUUUGAUUGACAGUUUGACCGUCGAUACAGAGUUCCACGAAAUUCUGGCUGAUCGAUGGCUGAAGCCUAUGCGCAAUCCGCGUGCAAGAGAAUUGGUGGCACCCAUGCUUGCCUUGCCAGAACAUGGCGGUAUGAUUAUCUCGGUCCGAGACUGGCUGGGCGGCGAAGAGCGGAUGGGCUGUCCCCUGACCAUCCAACAAGACGAAGAAGUUGAUAGCGAUCAAGAACCUGGUAGCCCCGAAACCGCAAAUGGCUACACGAGUCUGCUCGAUGGCAGUACUGCGAGCAAGAAGAAGUCGCAGACAACAAGCCGCACGGAACUCAGUGAGGUACUUCUGGACAAGGAGAGUCUCAAAACCAAUGAAGUUGUUAUCAUUGCGCUGGGAGAAGAGGCACGAAAACGGGUGAAUGAGCCCGGUACUAUUCGAGCUGGUGCAUUUGGUUAUCCCAUUCCUGAUGCGACUCUUGCUGUGGUCGACCCCGAGACAAAUUUGCUAUGUGCACCUUAUAUGGUAGGCGAGAUAUGGGUUGAUUCGCCCUCGCUCUCGGGUGGAUUCUGGGCACUGCCCAAACACACCGAGACCAUCUUCCAUGCGAGACCAUAUCGAUUCGUGGAAGGCAGCCCGACGCCCGUGUUAGUGGAGCCUGAGUUUCUCAGGACGGGUCUACUGGGCUGCAUCAUCGAGGGCAAGGUAUUUGUACUAGGACUCUACGAGGACCGCAUACGACAGAGAGUAGAGUGGGUCGAGCACGGUGCGAAUGAGGUCGAGCAUCGCUACUUCUUUGUACAACAUCUUGUGGCCAGCAUCAUGAAGACAGUGCCGAAGAUUUACGACUGUUCUGCCUUUGACGCGCAUGUCAACGGAGAGUAUCUUCCAAUCAUCCUCAUUGAGACGCAAGCUGCAAGUACAGCUCCAACGACGACUGGUGGGCCUCCGCGACAACUCGAUAUCCCCUUCCUAGACUCCCUCAGUGAGCGCGUCAUGGAGGUUUUGUACCAGGAGCACCAUCUGCGUGUAUACUGCGUAAUGAUGACAGCACCAAGCACUCUGCCGCGAGUCAUUAAGAAUGGGCGAAGAGAUAUUGGUAACAUGCUCUGCAGGAAGGAGUUUGACAAUGGAAAUCUCCCCUGUGUACAUGUGAAGUUUGGUGUCGAACGUGCUGUGCAAAACCUGCCGCUCGGCGACGAUCCUGGUGGCGGGAUAUGGUCCCCCAUGGCUAGUCAAGCGCGACAGGAUAUGCUGGCCAUGCACUCUGACAAGCAAUAUUCGGGAGUCGAUCACCGAGAAGUAGUCAUAGAUGACCGGACGAGCACGCCGCUCAAUCAAUUCAGCAACAUCCACGAUCUCAUGCAAUGGAGGGUUUCUCGGCAAUCCGAGGAGCUAUCCUAUUGCACUAUCGAUGGCAGGGGGAGAGAAGGCAAAGGUGUGAAUUGGAAAAAGUUUGAUCUCAAGGUCGCAGCUGUGGCGCUGUAUCUGAAGAACAAGGUCAAAAUUCAGCCCGGCGAUCACCUCUUGCUCAUGUAUACGCACUCCGAGGAUUUUGUGUAUGCGGUGCAUGCUUGUCUGUGUUUGGGUGCCGUCGCUGUGCCUAUGGCGCCAAUUGACAGCAACAGACUGAGUGAGGAUGCUCCGGCGUUGCUGCACAUGAUUGCGGAUUUCAGGAUACGAGCCAUUCUCACUAACAACGAUGUCGAAAGUGUUCUCAAGCAAAAGACCGUGUCGCAACACCUGAAGCAGUCAGCACUCAUCCUGAAGGUGAAUCUGCCUCCAUCCUACAACACGUCUAAGCCACCGAAGCAGUCGCAUGGAUGCAGAGAGCAAGGUCUGACGAUACGUCCGGCAUGGAUCGCACCUGGAUAUCCUGCUGUGAUAUGGACGUACUGGACGCCCGACCAACGCCGUAUUGCGGUGCAGCUCGGGCACAACACACUUAUGGCGCUCUGCAAGGUGCAGAAGGAGACGUGUCAGAUGACCUCUUCACGGCCUGUGCUUGCAUGUGUCCGGAGCACGAUGGGUAUCGGGUUCCUCCACACGUGCAUGAUGGGAAUCUUCCUGGCGACACCUACAUACCUGGUCUCGCCUGUCGACUUUGCUGGUAAUCCUAACAUUCUCAUGCAAACACUUGCGAGGUACAAGAUCAAGGAUACGUAUGCCACCGCGCAAAUGCUGGAGCAUGCCAUCGCUCAUGGUGCCGGGAAGGGCAUGAAUCUCAUGGAGCUCAAAAACCUGAUGAUAGCUACCGAGCAGCGCCCCAAGACAGACGUCUAUUCGCGGGUUCGACAAGCUUUCGCUCCCGCUGCACUCGACAAAACGGCCAUCAAUACCAUCUACAGCCACGUCCUCAACCCCAUGGUCGCGAGCAGGAGCUACAUGUGCAUCGAACCUAUUGAGUUAUACCUGGAGCCGACUAGUCUGCGGAGAGGAUUGAUUGUGCCUGUGGAUCCCGAUCAGGAACCUUUUGCACUCCUGGUGCAAGAUUCCGGCAUGGUUCCUGUGAGCACUCAAAUUAGCAUCGUGAAUCCCGAGACGAACCGGCUAUGUCUGGUCGGUGAGUAUGGCGAGAUCUGGGUGCAGUCCGAGGCGAACGCGCAUUCCUUCUACGGUAGCAAGGACGCUUUCGACGCGGAGCGGUUCAAUGGCCAUACUGUGGAUGGUGACCCCGGCGUGCGAUACGUCCGAACUGGUGAUCUGGGCUUCCUGCACAGUGUGAGCAGACCGAUUGGACCUGGUGGCAACAUGGUCGAGAUGCAGGUAUUGUUUGUACUGGGCUCUAUUGGCGAGACUUUCGAGGUCAACGGACUGCAGCAUUUCCCGAUGGAUGUCGAGGGCAGUGUGGAGAGAUGCCAUCGUGCGAUUGUGCGUGGAGGAUGCGCCAUCUUUCAAGCUGGCUCUCUUUUGGUGCUCAUUGCCGAAGUCAGGACGAGAGCCUUCCUCGCAUCGCUGGUUCCCAUCAUUGUCAACACUGUGCUCAACGAGCAUCAGCUGGUGCUUGACAUUGUCGCAUUCGUGGCGAUGGGCGACUUUCCGCGAUCACGACUGGGCGAAAAGCAACGUGGCAAGAUCCUGGCCAGCUGGGUGAGCCGCAAGAUGCGCACGAUUGCACAAUUCAGCAUCCGCGAUCCCGAUGCCGAAGGGAGCAUCGGCACGGUGGUGCCCGAAGACCACUUUGCUCGUCGCGGGAGUACACAGAGUGGCAACGCGCUCGGCGCAGCCAGUCUGCAUCCGGGCGGGAGCUCACUGCGCAACGUACAGAGCGUGAUUAACAUGACGGAGCCGAUUGCCGAGCAGGAUGGACACUUGACGGUGCAAACGCAGGCACGAUCGUUGUCGAUGACAGACGUGAACACGACGGCGUACGAAGGAAUGAACGACGAGACGCCCACGAUGGAACAUCAGCAGCAACCGCUGAAUCUGAACACCACACUCGACUACUCGCCCGUGGGUCCGUACACGGCAGCAUCCGAGUUGCCGGAGCACGGCCGAUACGACGGGAGGGGGGGUGGUUAUGAUGAUUCGCAGUAUGCACGUGGUGGUGAGACGGAGUGGCAGACAUCGGCGACGUAUCAACCGGGCGACGGCGGCUAUCCGGAAUGGCCGUCGUCGGAUCACCACGCCCACACGAAUUACGACGACCACGACCACGACCACAACGCGGCAGAGGACGACAGUCCGGUGGAGAUGCCGAAGCCACUGGGGACGCUCCGGGUGGCGAAUGGUGGAGGAGGAACGAGUUCGCCUCUGAGUGAAGAGGGUUCAGACUGGGGCAAGGAAGCGCUAAAGGAUUUGAAUCUUGGAAAGUGAAUCAGUGAUGUUGUUGUUGUUGUUGAUGAUGAUGAUGAUGCGCUCAGCGGUUUGGUUUUGGUGUUGUGUAGCGUAGCCUUUUUUUGCCUGCCUGCCUACAUGUAUCCACGUCGAUUGUGACGUCUAGCAUUUGUGACGUCUCGUCUCUCAGGUAGCAUUUCUCGGCGUCUUG